AUGGCUAGCAGUUCACAGUCUGCUAUACACAACACUUUAGAUCAAGAUAAAUGUGUAGAUGUAGAUGAUUUCUACUUCUCAGCUCUCCAUGACGCCGAGGGCGAUAUCUUCCCGAUCUCCGAUGAGAAAUACGCCCAGGAACUACAACUUCAAGAGGCUCUAAUAUCUUCCGUAUCCAAAACAAAUGCAUCAUCUUCAUCACAAAAAGUUGCAUCAUCAUCGUCGUCAUCACAAAAUUUUGAAUCAUCAUCAUUAUCGCAAAACUCGCAGAAAGAGGCCGCAUCGUCGUCAAGGAAGCAACCAAUGGAGACAUCUGAAGAAGCCCAAUUACCCGAGAGCUUUUGUGGCAUUUGCAUGGACACAAAAGCUCAUUCAAAGAUGUUUUCAAAUUCAAAGGUUUGUGGGCAUCUGUUCUGCGUUGAUUGCAUACGCGAACAUGUAUCUGUGAAGAUUAAAGAAAACAUGGCGGAGGUGAAGUGUCCUGACCCAAAAUGCAAACGGCUAAUAGGACCAGAACUUUGUGGAUCCAUCGUCCCAAAAGAAGUACUUGAAAGAUGGGAGGAUGCUUUGUGCGAGUCUUUGAUCCUGGCUACUCAGAAAUUCUACUGCCCGUUUAAAGAUUGCUCGGCCAUGUUGGUGGAUGAUGGUGGAGAAGCUGUGACAUCAUCGGAAUGCCCAAACUGCCACAGAUUGUUUUGUGCGCAGUGUAAGGUGGCAUGGCAUACAGGGAUUGAUUGUCAUGAGUUUAAGAGCCUAAAGAAGGAUGAGAGAAAUCCAGAGGAUCUAAUGUUGAUGCAGCUUGCCAAGAACAAACAAUGGAAGAGAUGCCCAAGCUGCAAUUUUAUUGUGGAAAAACGAUACGGCUGCCAUCACAUUUCUUGCAGAUGUGGACAGCAUUUUUGUUAUGGAUGUGGGAAGGAACAUGUUGGAAGCCAUGCUUGUAAUGUUUGA